AUUAUUAGUCCUAUACCUAUUGUUGUUUUGUUGGUUUUUGAUAGUUCACUGUUCAUCCAUUCCGCUUACCACGAUAUCUGAGAACAUGAACGUUAACAUGGCCGAAGUUGGACAGGUAACAAUAAUAUGAUAUUAAAGGACCAUCUAAAGGAAAAUACAUUUUUUUUAUAAAAUAUUGUAAAACGAAAAAAAUAAUGAAAUUUGGUAAAAAUUGCAUCAUUCCGUUCGGUUAUUAUCGCGGUAUUAAAAUGAUGCGUGAUGUCACAGGUUCCAUCGAUUUUCCACCCGCUUAUUUCAAUACAAUCAUUUCCUAGACGGGUCUAUAAUCAUAUAUAUUUUAUAUAGGUAUUAACUUAAAAUACUUAAAAUGAUAAGUGGCUUUCAUAUUAAAAAAGCUUAGAUAUUUUCCUAUAACCUGAUACAAACAGUUCAUUAAAAUAAUAAAUGUUAAAGUUGGUAUUUUAUUCAUAAUAUAUUUAUAUAUCUUUUUGUUUGUUCAUAUAUCAACACAGACUAAUAACAAUGCAAAUGCAGUUUAUAAGUUUUCUUAAAUUCGUUUUAUUUCGUUAUCUGUAAUCAUUAAUAGUAGGGUAUUGAAAUUUUUUGCAAAAUAGGCACUCUGUGUCUGCAUUUAUUAUCAUACGUCAAAUGUUUUGUGUUUUAAAAUGUCUUUAAAACUGUACAGUUUUGAGCCAAAUGUUGGUGAUGGAGUUGAACCCAAUUAUUCUAUAUCUCCUAUUUUUACCUGAUAGGAAGAACCCAAGUAGAAGUAAUUUUGUGUUUCCAAAAAGUUUAGUUCAGAUAGUAGGAAAUACAUUAGAUUUUAAUCUGAUCACUACUUUUGUGUCUAGCGUAAGUUGUUUAUGUAAUACAUCAAAAUCAUUGAAAUUGUUACUUUUAAAAUGGGACAAACAUAUUCUAUUUCUUUUUACUGGUAUAAGAUGUUUACGUUUACAAAAAUUAAAUAUCUUUGUGGACAUUUUUCCAUGCUUUGGAAACCUAUAAAAUGGAGGUUCUUAUUUUAUUUUUUGUUUCUAUAACACGAACAACCAAAAACCGAACACAACAUUUUAUGUUUAAUAAUUAUUAUAAAAUGUAAAAGAAAAACGAAGACGAACCAUAGAAUAUUGAUUAACUUUCUGCUGUUGAUACGAUUUCUGUUCACACUACGAAAUAGGUAUAUAACUGAUAUGUAUGAUAAUGAAUAGAAAAAUAUAUUUAUACAAAUUGUGUUGGUACGGAUAACACAAGUAUCUAAGUACUAACGAUUUAGUUUUUAUCUAUUGGAUAAUCCUUUAACAAUAACACAAUCACACUCAAUUACAGAAUUACUUAGUUUUACUGGUUUUACAGUCCAUAUUAUAUGGGUAAAUAUAGAUUAGUUAAGAUACAAUAUGACAUACAAAAAAAAAAAAAUCUUUACAUAUAUGAAAUACAAUUAAAAAGAAAUAUAUUUAUAUAUAGGUAUAUAUGAUUGUACUGUUUUAUUUUUGUGUGUAUUUUUGAUAGGAUGAGGAGAAUGCGGAAUAUGGUGGUUGUGAGGGUCCUGAUGCCAUGUAUAUAAAACUGAUAUCCAGUGAUGGACAUGAAUUUAUUGUGAAAAGAGAACAAGCAAUAAUGUCUGGCACUAUUAAAGCCAUGUUAAGCGGUCCAGGGCAGUUUGCAGAAAAUGAAACCAAUGAAAUAAACUUCAGGGAAAUACCGUAAAUGGUCAUCACAUAAAUGUUUAUAAUAGAUGUCCUAAUAGUAAUUUGAUUGUUGUAGCUCACACGUUUUGCAAAAAGUCUGUUUGUAUUUUACUUACAAAGCUCGUUAUACAAACAGUCCCACUGAAAUACCAGAAUUUCCUAUUCAACCACAGAUUGCUUUGGAAUUACUUAUGGCAGCUAACUUUUUGGAUUGUUAAACUACUAACAAAAAAACUGGACUUGGAAAACUUGGAAAACUUGGACUACAAAAAAAAAAAAAAAAAAAACUUAACAUUUAAUAUGUAUAUAAAUUUUACUCUUCAAAUUGCACCUACAAUAUUUGUUUAUCCUAAUAACUCAUACUUAAAAAUUAUAGUCAAAUUGUAAGUUGUAACUGGUAUAAUAAUAUAUUAUUAAAUUAUACCAUUUAUAAUUAGUAUCUAGUAGCAAUUAAUAUUUUAUUCAAUAUUUUUUUUAUAAUUGUACGUAAACAUUUAAUUUAAUAUUCAAUUUAGAUUUCCAUAUAUUAUAUUACCAAAAUGUCAUACUAUAAGUUGAGAGGAUGUACUUGGCUACCCCAUAUCCCAUACCUCUUUUCCUAUUUUGGAAGAAAUUAAUUAAUUUCAAUGCUAGCAAAAAGUGCAUUCUCCUACUGAGUAUUAAUAUUUUGUAAUUUAUUUCAAUAUUCAUUACCAAC